AUGGGUGAUCAGAAGACACAAGAAGAAGGCACGCAGCAUGUGGAAAUUUCCACCGCUGUUGACAACGAAACCAUCCAACCAAACAUGACUCACCCUCCACGAAUCAUUAUCACCGAAGCAGAGUCCAAGCGAAUCUGUCGGAAAACUGACAGGACUAUCCUUGUUGUUCUCAUGUGGGUUUACUUCUUGCAGAUUCUCGACAAGACGGUCCUGGGCUAUGGUGCAACAUUUGGUUUGAAGACAGACACGGGGCUCACAGGCAACCAAUACUCACUCAUUGGUUCGAUCUCAUCUAUUGCACAAUUAAUUUGGCAGCCCUUCUCAUCAUAUCUGAUUGUCCGUGUUCCGCACCGAAUCCUCAUGCCCAUACUCGUUUUGGGCUGGGGUAUUGCGCAGACGUGCAUGUCGGCGUGCACAAAUUUUAGUGGUCUGAUGGCCACUCGCUUCUUUCUGGGACUUUUCGAAGCCGGAUGCCUUCCACUAUUCAGCAUGAUUACGGCCCAGUGGUACAGAAGAGCAGAGCAACCUGUCAGGGUAGCUGCAUGGUAUGGAACCAACGGAAUAGGGAAUAUUGUGGCAGCUGGAUUGAGUGUUGGUCUUUCACAUAUCCAGUCUGAUGUCUUGAAGUCCUGGCAGAUAAUCUUUAUGUUUGUCGGACUUUUGACUGUUGCUUCGGUUCCAAUAAUAUAUCUACUUCUCGACAACGACAUUCCAUCAGCUCGAUUCCUGAACGAGGAGGAAAAGAUUGUCGCUAUCGAACGCCUUCGUGCCAACCAAACUGGAGCUGGAAACCGCGAAUUCAAAUGGGACCACGUAUUUGAAGCUAUAAUCGAGCCCAAGACUUGGCUGUUCGUCGCCAUGAGUCUGAUGCUCAACGUUGGGGCUAGUGUCACAAACGUAUUUGGGCCUUCGAUUCUCGCUGGAUUUGGAUUUGAUGCGGAGAAGAGCAGUUUGAUGAGCAUGCCUUUUGGUGCCUUGCAAUGCAUUGUCAUCCUAACUAGUUGCUGGCUUGCGCAAAAGGCACGCUUGAAGGGUGCAGUGUGUAUGGGGUUAAUGCUUCCUGUCGUUGCAGGAUUAGCCAUGCUCUACACGAUCCCUCACCAUGGAAAUCAAGGCCCUCUAUUAGCCGGGUAUUACCUUUUAGCAUUCUUGUACGGGGGUAACCCACUUGUUAUUUCCUGGAUUGUCGGAAACACUGGUGGAACAACUAAGAGAUCGUUCAUAUCGAGCGCGUACAAUGCUGCCAGCAGCGCCGGAAAUAUCAUUGGCCCUCUGCUGUUCAAUUCGAAAGACGCACCAAGCUAUCACCCCGGUGUCCGGGACUGCCUUGCGAUUUUCUCUACAUUGGUGGCGAUUAUUAUCAUUCAGUGGGGAAAUUUGAUUUUCCUGAAUAAGCUACAAGAGAAAAAGCGUUUCAGGAAUGGGAAGCCAGCAAAGUUGGUGGAUCAUUCUAUGCAGGAGCAUUAUCACGACAUCGAGGAGAACAACGAGGAACAGCCAUCCGGUAGGAAAUUAGAUGGUGGUGACGAACUUGGCGAAAAUGCAUUCUUGGAUUUAACGGAUCGGAAGAAUGACGAGUUUGUGUACAUUUACUGA